AAAGUCUCCAUUGAUGACUCGAUGAUUGCACGAUUCGAAAAUUAUUUUAAAUUUUCUGCCUGGAUUUCGAUGAUCUGGAAAGGAGUGACCACCGUUUGCUCCGUUUUGGAAUCUUCUCUUUGACACUCGUCGCUGUCUCUUUGCUGUACACACGCGUUUUCUAAUUUUGCGCGCACAUGCGGCCGAUCGUACUAGUGUUUGAAAAGGUGUCUGCUAGACCGAGUCUGCAAGUGCACUCUGAUUUUCGUGAAUUUGCUAGUGAAAAUUCGUAAGAUCGCUCUUUAUUGAAAUGUUUUAAUAAACUGCGCUGCGAAAAAGCUACGAAUUGAAUCGAUCGGUGCGGAUUAUCUUCGUUUAUCAAAUUCGAUAAUCAGACGAUGAAAAAUGGUCGUGCAGCGAUUGUUGGCGCAAACUUUUCGUCACUUAAAAUGUCACAAUUUCGACUCGCUCGUUCAAAGAUCUUCGGCACCUCGGCUGUUGAGUUGCCAGUCGAAGCUGAGCUGGAGCAGAAAGCGCUUCUAUUGCCAAGCCAUCGACACGGUCUGCAAUGUCGGCACGAUUGGCCAUGUUGAUCAUGGCAAAACCACCUUGACGGCUGCCGUCACCAAGUAUCUGGCCGAGAAGAACAAAAGUUGUAAAUAUGUGUCGUACAACGAGAUCGACAAAGCUCCCGAAGAGAAAGCUCGCGGAAUCACCAUCAACAUAGCCCACGUAGGCUACAAGACGGACAAACGUCGCUAUGCCCACACAGACUGUCCAGGACAUUUGGAUUUUAUCAAAAAUAUGAUCAGCGGUGCUUCACAAAUGGAUGGCGCCAUUCUGAUUGUUGCUGCCACCGAUGGACCCAUGCCACAAACUACAGAACAUUUGUUACUUGCCAAGCAAGUCGGUGUUAAACAGAUUAUAGUUUUUAUUAACAAAGCUGAUCUGGCUGAUGAGGAGAUGCUCGAUCUUGUUGAAUUGGAAGUCAGAGAACUUUUAGAUCACUUUGGUUUUGAUUGUGAAAAUACCCCAGUAGUCAGAGGGUCAGCUUUGCUUGCUCUGAAAGGGGAUACAUCGAAAUUCGGAACACCCAGCGUACAAGAAUUACUCGAUGCCAUGGAUAAACACUUUACUCCUCCUCAACGAGAUUUUAAAUCACCUUUUAUUUUGCCUAUUGAUAACUUUUUCAAUGUACCUGGAAGAGGUACAGUUGUUGUUGGAACUGUCAAACAAGGCAUCAUCAAGAAAGGUACAGAAGCUGAACUUAUAGGUUUUGGAGAGCGUAUAAAAACCAAUGUUACAGAUGUUCAGAUAUUUCAAAAAAGUGUGCCAGAAGCUCCAGCAGGUGAAAAUGUGGGAGCUCUCUUGAGGGGCGUGAAGAUCAGCGCAGUACGCCGAGGAAUGUGGGUUACUCCUCGAAACAGUCAAAAAUUUAGCAAUCAUUAUGAGGCACAAAUGUACUUGCUAAAUACUUCCGAAGGCGGUAGACACAGACCCUUGCCGAAAAAUGGGUAUUGUUCAAUGCUCUACUGUUCGACGUGGAAUAUUUACACCAGAGUUGACUUGGUCUUAGAGGGCGAAACUGAAAUGUUAAUGCCCGGAGAACAAGCCACUGUUAGGCUUACUUUACUGGAGUGCAUGCCAUUGUUAAAAGGUCAAACUUUCACGAUAAGAGAGCAGAAGAGUACUAUUGCAACGGGCAUAAUUACUGCGGUUCACGAUCGUUUGGACUUCGAUAAAAAGAAAAUGAACGAAAUAAAAAUACCAGGAAUUGUAAUGUAAAACUGUU